CAGGAGUGUGACCGCUGCCAUCUCCCUGGUGUACGUGCAUCGCAGUGAACCUAAAUUGGCAAUCGGUCAAGAAGAAACAAAUGUUUGCAUUCACUCAGUGACGAGUAUCCUGUGUAAGCUCACCAUCUGUCGGAGCCACACAUGGACACAUUCUCAAGGUAGGAGAGUUCCUUAUGGCAUGUAGGCACAUGAUGGGAUGCCGGUAACGUAUCACACUGGUGAGGAAUGUCUGCCAUGCUUUCUCCUCCAACCAAGUCCAAAGGGAUCCUUAUCAUUUGCGGAUGUGACUGUGGGCUUUACCCAGGAGGAGUGGCAGCACCUGGACCCUGCUCAGAGGACCCUGUACAGGGAGGUGAUGCUGGAGAACUAUAGCCACCUUGUCUCAGUGGGGUGUUGCAUCCCUAAACCAGACGUGAUCCUGAAGUUGGAGCAAGGAGAGCAGCCAUGGAUGCUAGAGGAAGAGUCCCCACGUCAGAGCUACCCAGAAGCACUAAGGGAAGUGAGCAAGACGAGCUUCGUUCUAUGACACUAGUGGAUAUCUGAAAUCCCAAAUCAGUACAGGUGUACCUGCAGCAGAGCUGAUGACGG